ACAAACACGGAAGACGGCCGCAGCGGGAUCGAGAUCGAGAUCGCAUCUCGGAGCCGGAGAUGAGAUGGGCUCACUCUCGGAACCCCCCGAUCCGUCCUUUACCGUGGCGGAGGAAGACGUCGAGUCAUCGGUGCCGCCGCCGGUGGCAAGUCCUGGCUCAUUAUCAGAUGUAGGAUUGCUGGAUUAUAAGGUUGAUCUAAACCACUAUUGUCAAUCACCCAAACAUUUGGACAAGGAGAAUUUAUCCUCUAUUGAAGAAGACAGUUUGGACAUGUCAACUUUUUCUAAAUUGGGAACAACACAGAAGAGGAGCAAAAAGGAUAAUGGUGUUAACUUGAGGAAAAGCUUAGCUUGGAACCCAGCAUUUUUCACUGAAGAAGGUGUGCUCAAUCCAUUGGAGCUGUGUGUCCUUAGUGGAUCUUCCUUGAGGUCGAAGGAGAAGGUUCUUUCUGUGGUCAAUGGACAGAUGUCACCACUACUAGGACUCCAUGAUAGAACUCCCGUCAAUGCUGUUGACCACCAGAAGUUCUAUGGCAAAAUGGAUGCACUUUCUGCAAGCAAAAACAACAUACAAUUUAAAGCAGAGAAUCUACAUAGCAAGUUAAAUGCUUCAAUUUGGGAAGAACUGCAAGAGGCUGAAGGAACCAAAUCCUCAAGCAGGAUCAUUGGAAGAGUCGCAUCUAGAUUAGCAACUCCAUCUUCGCAAAAGAGAAUUGCAAACACAAAUGCUGCAAAUCCUACAUCCAAAAUUCCAAAGCUCGUGCCUGCAAAGUCACAUACUGCUUCUAUUCCAAUGACCUCUAGGGAUGCCAUCCCUUCUGUGAGGAACUUUAAUUCCAAUACAAGUGUCAAUGCAGUUAACAUGGAGGAGCGUACUCUUCAAAUGAGGUGUUUUCAAUCAAACACCAGAAAACAAUCUGCCUGUUCUCUAUCAAUGAAACCUUCUGCAAUUGAUUGUUCUAGACCGUUGGUUCCACAAAUAAAUAAAGGUGCAACUGAAAGUUCAUCAAUUUCUAAAGUGGUGAAGGGAACAGCCAUUUCUUCUAUCUCUGCUAAUGGAUCUUCAUCACUUCCUAAAAAAGUUUAUGGAGAUGCUGUUUUACAUGCAAAACUAUCUGGGUUGCGGAUGCCUUCUCCAUCACUAGGAUUUUUUCAGAAGGGAAAGGUUCCUCGAUCUGGUAGCCAAUCUCAAAGAACUGUUCAUCAGUUCAGACCUAGUAUUCCACAUGGAAAAACAACGAACGUAACAUCAGUGGAUGGAUUGAAGAUUUGGCCUGCAUCUGCUAAGGAAAAAUCAAUUAAUGGUUCUGUUGCCCCAAGAUCUUUCGCUGGAACUACAAUAGCAAGCAAAAUGGAGAAUUCUUUCGCAACUAGCUCUUUACCCACAUCUAAUGGAAAUGCACUGCAUCCAUCAAGGAGAGAGAACAUUUCAACAGCUAAGGUGGAUAUAGUUAAGGAAGUGGCUUAUGCAAGCAACACAAUUCUUGAUGACAACCCUUUGGUUGAUGGAGCCAAAAUAGCCAAGGCAUGCUCUCUUGGGGUACUAAAUGAAACUCAGAUAGAUGAACGUCUUUCCACAGAAGAUAACAAGGCCAAACAAUCAUCACCAGCAUAUGCACAAUUUGUUACAGAUGCCAUUUCAGGAGGGGAUGAACUGGCAGCUGGGAAUUUACACAUAAAUCAAGAUCCAGAGCUUGUCCUCUCAGAUAGAGUAGUUGAUUUUCCUUCUUUGUCAGCUACUAGAGCAUCUUUGACUUUGUCUAAAUCUAGCAGUUCUGAAGCAGAUGGUUCUUUAGCUCUAGAUACAGGCAAUGAACAUGAAAGCAGAUCGUAUUUGAGAUCCAGCACUGUGCCUGACUCUGAUUGUGAUAUGAUUAGCAAUUCAGAAAUGCUUGAUUCUCCAUCUCAAAAGCCUGACAUGCCUGCUGAAACAGAAAAUUAUGGAACAAAUUAUUCAUCUUUUAGAUUGACUAGUACUUCGGAGGAUUCUCUAACUUCACUUUCAGCGAGCUGUGAAGUUCAAGAUCAUAAUAUUGAGUGUGUUAAUGGGGAUCAUAUCAACUCAAAAGAAGUGGAAUCCUUGUUGCAAAAUGGCAGCAAGAAUGAACAGAAGGAUAAAGGGAAGCAAGAUAUCUGCCAUCUGAAACUGAAUGCAGUCCCAUUUAGUGAGGAGUGGUUAGCUGAAAUUGAGACAUUUGGGGAGGAUAUAUUAGAGUUGAAGACAGGUCCCGUACAAAAUUCUCCACCUGACAAGACUCUUUCUGAACCAGGCCCAUGGUCACCGGUGAAACGCAAAACCGAAGAAGUAGGACCAUUUGCCUGCACAAAACACUCGGCAAGCUUCUCACACUCAGAACCCAUCUCAUAGAAGCAACUGCAUCUUGUCGCAUCAACAGAGUUCUUGGUGAAACCCAACUCACAUAAUUUACAGUAGGAUUCAUUCCUUUUCUGAUGUUCGACAAGUCGUAAAACUGUCAUUCCCAUUUCAUUUAUUUGUAAGGCUUAUUUCAAAACCCACAAUCUCUACAGCACCUCCAAUAAAAAUGGCAGUGUCACGGUUCCAAUUCUUGCCCCAUGUUCCUGUAAUUUAUUCAGUGAUUGUGUUAUUGUUUAUGUGGAAUGCCUUUGUAUUUGUUUGAAUCCCUAACUUGCUAUGGAAAUGUGUUUCUGUUCAA